UUCAACUUUUAUAAAAAGUGGGAAAAUAAAACCGACGGGACUGUUUAGUAACUAGUAACCACCACCACCACCACCACCGUCCUCAUUCCCUUUCUCAGCGACACAAUCACGACUUUUCGCAAAAACGUAUAAUUUGGUCACUUUCUAACACAAGGGCGCGCAGUUUAGCACCGGUUUUGUCUUUUCUUGAAUCCCCCAACUCGGUCUCUCUCAUUGUUCAUUGCUUUUUUUUUUUUUUUUUCCAGUUCAAGCUUUUUCUUUUCUUUUCUUGCAUUCUGAGAAGAAACGCUGCCGUUUUGGUGUUGUUGAAGGGGGUUGUGAUUUGUGAAGAAGGAGUGAGUUCAGUUGAUACAUUCCUUUGAAGCAAGUUAUGGCUACACUGGGUGAUAUAGGAGUUGCAGCAGCAAUCAAUAUUCUGACUGCAUUUGCUUUCUUUGUGGCGUUUGCCAUACUCCGGCUUCAACCUGUGAACGAUAGGGUCUACUUUCCGAAAUGGUAUCUCAAAGGACUGAGGGCCAGUCCGUUGGGCGGGGCACUUGUAACCAAAUUUGUGAAUUUGGACUACAGGUCAUAUGUGAGGUUUCUGAAUUGGAUGCCUGCCGCAUUGCAAAUGCCGGAACCUGAGCUAGUUCAACAUGCAGGGUUGGACUCUGCUGUUUACCUGAGGAUUUACUUGACAGGGCUAAAGAUUUUUGUUCCUAUUGCAUUUCUGGCGUUUUCAGUCAUGGUCCCUGUCAAUUGGACUAACAGCACCCUAAAGAAGUCAAAUUUAGUUUACAGCAACCUAGAUGAGCUUUCUAUUUCAAAUGUUCCUCUUGGAUCUCAUAGAUUUUGGACUCAUUUAGUAAUGGCCUAUGCUUUUACAUUCUGGACAUGCUAUGUUUUGAAUAGGGAGUAUGAGAUCGUUGCAACAAUGAGAUUGCACUUUCUUGCAUCAGAACAACGGCGCCCUGAUCAGUUCACAGUACUGGUUAGAAAUGUGCCACCAGAUCCUGAUGAAACAGUCAGUCAGCUUGUGGAACAUUUUUUUCUUGUUAACCACCCAGAUCAUUAUCUCACUCAUCAGGUUGUUUACAAUGCAAAUAAACUUUCUAAAUUAGUCAAUGAGAAGAAGAAAGUUCAGAAUUGGCUCGACUACUAUCAACUUAAAUUUUCAAGAAACCCAUCAAGAAGACCAUUAACAAAGACUGGAUUUCUUGGUCUUUUGGGUAAGAGGGUGGAUGGAAUUGAUCAUUAUACAUCUGAGGUUCAAAGGCUAUCAAAAGAGAUAUCCUCAGAGAGAGACAAGAUUACAAAUAACCCUAAAUCUAUUAUGCCAUCAGCGUUUGUGUCCUUCAAAACUCGAUGGGGUGCUGCUGUUUGCGCACAAACUCAACAAACCAGAAAUCCAACUAUAUGGUUGACUCAGUGGGCUCCAGAACCUCGUGAUGUUUAUUGGGAUAACCUGGCAAUUCCAUAUGUUUCAUUGACAAUUAGGAGGCUUAUAGUUUUUGUUGCUUUCUUCUUCCUCACCUUCUUUUUCAUGAUACCCAUCGCAUUUGUUCAGUCCCUUGCAAACAUUGAGGGUAUUGAGAGAGCAGCCCCCUUCCUAAAGACCAUUGUUGAAGUGAAAUUCAUAAAGUCAUUUAUUCAAGGCUUCCUCCCUGGAAUUGCUUUGAAGCUUUUUCUGAUAUUUCUUCCUUCUAUAUUGAUGAUAAUGUCCAAAUUUGAAGGAUUUACUAGUAUAUCAGCCUUAGAGAGGAGAUCUGCUACUAGAUAUUACAUUUUCCAAUUUAUUAAUGUAUUUCUCGGGAGCAUAAUCACUGGAACUGCGUUUCAACAAUUGGAUAAGUUCCUCCACCAAUCUGCGAAUGAUAUCCCAAUUACAAUUGGUGUUUCAAUUCCAAUGAAGGCGACCUUCUUUAUAACUUAUAUUAUGGUUGAUGGGUGGGCUGGAGUUGCUGGGGAGAUUCUAAGGUUGAAGCCAUUGAUCAUGUACCACUUAAAGAAUACCUUCUUGGUGAAGACUGAGAAGGAUAGGGAAGAGGCCAUGGAUCCAGGAACCCUUGGGUUCAACACUGGUGAACCACAGAUACAACUCUAUUUCCUACUUGGCCUUGUUUAUGCUGUGGUGUCGCCAAUCCUACUUCCUUUCAUAAUAGUAUUCUUUGGCCUGGCAUAUGUUGUUUAUCGUCAUCAGAUUAUAAAUGUCUACAAUCAAGAGUAUGAGAGUGCUGCAGCAUUCUGGCCAGAUGUCCAUGGGCGAAUCAUAACAGCACUGGUUGUGUCGCAACUACUACUGAUGGGAUUAAUAAGUACAAAGGAAGCUGCUCAGUCCACUCCAUUGCUCAUCACACUCCCGGUGUUAACCAUAUGGUUCCAUCUAUUUUGCAAAGGCCGUUAUGAACCUGCUUUCAAAAAGAAUCCAUUACAGGAAGCAAUGAGGAAAGAUACAUUAGAACGUGCAAGAGAGCCUAAUCUGAACUUAAAAGGUUUCCUUCAAAGUGCAUACAUUCACCCAGUUUUCAAGGUUGCAGAUGACAGCGACAGUGAUGGAGCUUCUGAAGAAUUGGAGCAGGAGCCUGUCGUUGUCCCAACGAAACGCCAGUCUCGAAGGAACACACCCGUGCCCAGCAAAUAUAGUGGUUCAAUAUCAUCGUCCCAAGCUGAAGAUGUUCUCAUGAUCCAGCCUUAGAGUGCGUGUAAUUCUUUGUUGUCUGUACAUUUGGGGCUCAAGACAGUUCAGAAAUGUAGAUACAGGGCGUUAGGACUAUAGCAACACAAACAAGGAAAAUGUAGGGCUUUUGGUUUUUGGAUUUGAUAUCAACGUCCAAGGGGUAGACUUUUUAGAAGAUUUUGUAGCAUCUGCAAUUUAUAGAUCUUUGCUGCAAUCAUUGUGUUUA